AUCAUGCGAGAUUUCCGUAAAACAUUCCGCCAUCUUUGAUGAUGACUCGAUGGGAGGAAACCGAAUUUUUCGGCAUUCCUUUACAAAUCAAUCAAAAUUUUCGUAAAUACUGAGCAAUAAUUUUAUGAAAGGCAAAAUUCCAACAGAGCCAUUUUGUUGAAUGCAAUCUCGACGUUCGAGUGGAAGAGGUUCCCAUCCCAUUUGAGAUCGGAAGCACAGUUGUGUUUUCAGAACAUAUCGAUCCAGUUCGCCUCUGUCUGACAAUGUGAUGUGGUGAACAUGGAGGGACCAGUACAAGGUGACAGAAAGAAGAUAGAGGAGAUCGGCAAGAUGACGGCGUUGACCCAGGACGAGAUCAUCAACAACACCAAAACGGUGAUCCAGGGCCUGGACACGCUGAAGAAUGAGCACCACCAGAUACUCAACUCUCUCCUCACUUCCAUGAAAACAAUCAAGAGGGAGAAUGGAGACACAAACCUCGUGGAAGAAAAAGCAAAUAUUCUCAAGAAGUCCCUAGAAUCCAUCGAGCUGGGACUAGGAGAGGCUCAGGUAAUGAUGGCAUUAGCGAAUCAUCUACAACAUGUGGAAGCCGAGAAACAGAAGUUACGAGCGCAGGUGAGGCGCUUAUGUCAGGAGAAUGGCUGGCUGCGGGACGAGCUGGCCAACACACAGCAGAAGCUGCAACUGAGUGAGCAGAAGUCAGCCACACUGGAAGAGGAGAAGAAACACCUGGAGUUUAUGAAUGAAAUGAAGAAAUAUGAUUCUAAUGACACAUCAGUCAGCAUGACAGAAGAAAAAGAGCCUGAACCCACUUCACAGCCACUAGAUCUCGGAUUUCCAGAUGAUGAUGAUGACGGACCACAACCAGAAGUUCUGUCCCCAACACAACCAAGUGCAAUGGCCCAGGCGGCAAGUGGUGGCUAUGAGAUCCCCGCCCGUCUGCGCACUCUCCACAAUCUAGUCAUUCAAUAUGCGUCACAGGGUCGCUACGAGGUGGCAGUACCACUGUGUAAACAAGCCCUGGAGGACCUGGAGAAGACCAGUGGGCAUGAUCACCCAGAUGUUGCCACAAUGCUAAAUAUACUCGCCCUAGUAUACAGAGACCAGGGCAAGUAUAAGGAGGCUGCCAAUCUACUAAAUGAUGCAUUAGGCAUCCGGGAGAAGACUCUGGGGCCUGACCACCCUGCCGUGGCAGCCACCCUCAACAACCUGGCUGUAUUGUACGGGAAGCGUGGCAAGUACAAGGAGGCGGAGCCCCUGUGCAAGAGAGCACUGGAGAUAAGGGAAAAGGUGCUGGGCAAAGAUCACCCUGAUGUAGCGAAACAACUUAAUAAUCUGGCUCUACUGUGUCAAAACCAAGGCAAAUAUGAAGAGGUAGAGCAGUACUAUCAAAGGGCUCUAGAAAUCUAUGAAAGUAAGCUAGGCCAGGAUGACCCCAAUGUUGCUAAGACUAAGAAUAACCUGGCCUCUGCAUACCUGAAGCAGGGCAAGUACAAGCAGGCCGAGGUUCUGUACAAGGAGGUCCUCACCCGCGCACACGAGAAGGAGUUCGGCAAGGUGGAAGGAGAGAACAAGCCCAUCUGGAUGAGGGCAGAAGAGCGAGAAGAAAACAAAGGAAAAUACAAGGAUGGAUCCCCACUUCCAGAGUAUGGCAGUUGGCACAAGGCUGCUAAAGUUGAUAGCCCGACAGUUACAACAACCCUGAAGAACCUCGGUGCGCUGUACCGGCGACAGGGCAAGUACGAGGCUGCCGAGACUCUGGAGGAGUGUGCCAUGAGGUCCAAAAAGAAUGUAAGUGGUCUGGACGUAGUCAAAACCACGAAAAUAGCGGAUGUGUUAAGCAGUGAAUAUCAUAAAGAGCAGUCUCCCAAAGAGCGAAAGCGCUCGAUGAGCAGAGAGAACCUCCGGCGAGACUCUAUGGAUAGUGUAGCCUACGAGAAAACUGACAUUGGUGACGAAGUGAGUAUCAAAAUGCAGUGGUCGGGCGACUCUGCGGCCCUCACAGACCAGGGCUGGACGGGAAAGUUAAAGCGCAGUGGAUCGUUCUCUAAACUGCGUGCUUCCAUUAAACGUAGCAGUGCUAAACUGGUGCAGAAGUUGAAGGGGAAGGCGCCUGGUGACGAAAAUUCUGGCAGCCUCAACUGGUAUGUGCGGGGAUGGUAUGCCAACGAGAGAGUAAACACUAUGAAAAGAGCAAGCUCCAUGUCAGUUCUCAAUUUAAUCAGCAGUAAUGAUGACAAGUUACAUGAAAGUAGGCGGUCUGUGGGUGACUUGAGGAUGCGAGGGAGGACAGCUAGUACAGAACAUUUACCUGGCCAGCUGUUUUGAUGAGCAGCUUGCCUGGUUAGACUUUAUCAUGUGUUUAUAUAUAUUUGUACAGUCCUUCAACCCAACUGUUGAUGCAAAGCUGAGGCUGCUGGCUGCAAGAAGACUUGAUGUCAGCAGCCCUGGCUGACAAGAGAAACACACUGAUCACGCUGUCUUAUUGAUGAAUUAUUGCCAGAUAUGUAUAUGUGGCUUAACAAACCUUGGGCAGCCGGUGAUGGAGUGAGGGCAUAUUGCCGGGAAUUGAAGUAAUCAGUAGUGUCUUCAUGCAUUAUACUACUGUGUAUCUUGAAGUUGGGCUGACUACGUUAUUUGUGUCUUUCAUUGAGGAAUCUUCCCGCUCGCAGUACUGUGUGGGUAGUUUGAUAACAGCAUAAUACCCAGACAGACAGAUGGAUGAAUAGAUGGAUGAACAACAGAUGGACAGCCCUCCAGGUGGAGCCAUCGUCAACAACAUGGAAGAUGGUUCAUCACUGGCUGUCACUGCCGCUGUUCCUUACCCAGAACCACCCAGCUGCCACUUCCUAUGUUGUGGGACUUCACUAUCAUCAUUGAUUUCAUUGUGUGCAACAACGUCGUGGUGAUUGUCGUAGAGCUUGCUGCUUGUGUACCUUGGUCAGACAUCGAUAUAUUCAACAUAUAUGUCUUAUACCCACAUCUCAGCUAGGUUGAGAGAUCUGCAUCUACACAUUGAAGUAACGUAACUCAUUAACCACUAAUAAUUAGGAAGUUUUCAUUAUGGUUGUAGCCUGUUUUAGAAAGUAUGAAUCAAGCUUGUGUUGAAAGCUAUAUCACUUUAUGCAGGACAGGUGUGUGGAUCUAAGGUCCUCAGUUAGAUGGGUUUCUACAUCACAGCUGUGCUACAGAAUUGAUGCUUGCUGUGAUGCUUCUGUUCAACAAUCACUAGGGAUAUUGUCUUGACACUACAACCAAAGUAAAUGUUGAAGCAAUUAGCUUUGCUUACUUAUCAAAUUCAUAAUAUAUGACUUUCUUUGCUCGCAAAAAGUCAUGUUUUUAAUUAUUGUUUUGUUUAAGCAAGAAACAUUAACAAUGAAAUAGUUUGCUUUGCUUAUAAAAUUCAUAGACAUAUUAUCCCUUUGCUCGAAAAAUCGUAUUUUUGGUAAGUCUUUCUUUUGAGCAGAGUUUCUUAGUCAUCAAAAGGAAUUUAUUUGUACUUUCCAUCCCAAAAAGAAUACAUGUUUUUCGGUGCAUGUAGUAACUUAUGUGAGACAUGCAUAACCUCUUUUUCCCUGUUUCGACUGAAAAAGAGCCUGACAUGGUAUAUUCUCUCUGGAUAGAAACCCUUCAAAUAUCUUGAUCAGCUUAUGUUGCCUUGGUAUUUAAAUUGAACUGUAUAUUCGUCUUCAUGUUCUAUAGCCAAAUUCUUAAAUAACAGAAAUAUUUUCAAUUUUUAACUUAAAAUUAGCAGUUCAAUUAAGUGCUUUCAGUGUCUUUUUAUGUAUCAUGCUCUUCGAUAACAUGCUUCUGUGAUUAAUUAAGCAAGGUAACAGUUGUGUUGAUUUGCGAUCAGCUGCAUGGGUACCCUCAGUUUCCAUACAACUAACUUGCAAUAUUAAAUUGUAUCAGGUAGGAUGAUGCCAAUAUUGGUUGAACGAAUGAGAGCAGGUCAUAUUGACCUGGUAAACUAGGUCACAACGACCUAGCCAUAGCAGCAGGACUGUGAUCUAACUUUAUAUUGUUAAAACUUUGUUUUCUGUCAGAUGUUUAUGUUGAUAUAAUUCAGGAGAUCCUUGUUGCAGCACUGCUGCCUGGUUACAUUUCGUCCUUCCUGUGUUAAUGAUGUGAAGAUGUAAGGAGCUUGCACUUGGGGUGAGUGGGCUGAUUGGCAGGCGGGAUACUAGUAGGACCAUGCCCAGUUUCUGUGUCGUCUUUGUUCAGCAGCAUUCUCUCAUAAUCUGAUAUGUUAAGAGUGGCCCUAGUUGCUUUGAGUAUACUGAGGUCCCCCUUCAGACCUGUUCUACAAGGACAUGUAAAUAGCAACAGUUUCUGCACUUGCGACAUGGACUGACAAUACGUCCAACACAAGUUCAGAUUGGAAUAUGUGCAAUUGUCUGAUUUUCCUGUAAGCUUUUACUACCACAUCAACUACUGUUGUCCUGAUCAGCGACAAUAGUAUGACUUGCACCAUGGAUCAGUUAGCCUGCUUAGAUAUUGUACACAUACCUGUUUCUGGAUAUCUCGUACAUGUUUACCACAAUACUGGCUGUCAGGCUGCGAUACUACAAGGAUUUCUUACAAAAACCAAAUAUUCUGUGACCCUCCCUGUGUUAGCUGCCCUUGCUGUCCUAUCAUGCUGACCCUUCGGACAACCCACUGAUUCCCUCACAGUUGACUCAGUCACAACUGCCAUGUUAUUGGGCAUUGGUAAUAAGGAAAUAUAAGUACUUGUAUAAAAAAACAAAACUAUUUAUUCUACCACAGAAGUGAACACCUUUCAUGGGUACCAAGCCCUACAUUAAUCUGAAUAUUUCAACAUUGAAACCAGCUGUAACUGACAUUGAAGUGCUAUGUUGUGUGAUACUAUAAGUUCUCUCUAUGAGGAUGUGGAAUUAGAGAGAUGCUGCCCUUAUACAUACUAUAUUUACACCAUGUGUUUGACGUAGGUACCUACAGCAAAAGAUGGACUGGUAUACAGGUUUAUGGAUGUGAGUGAUAGGCUGAAUGUAGACUGAAUCCUCCCUUCCUAUGGCAGAGACUGCUUGAUCCAGUACAAUCAAAACAUGCUAAUUUAAUGUAAUGGACAUAAGGAAAACUCACAAGGAAUUAGGAUGUAGCUCCUUGGGGUACUUCAAUCAUUCAUUUAUUUAUUAUUUGAUGACAUUAGAUUUGUAUUUGUUUGCAAGGUAAUGGUGUAUUUGGAAUCAUGUAUUAAAGGUUGUCCUGUAGUGAGUACAAGACUGGACAUUGACCAAGAAUUAUUGUGAGUUUCCCACAUGUCUAUCUAAAGUUGACUUCAUACACUUCAAACUGACAUUCUUUCUGUUUACAAAUCAAUUUUGAUAUUUUAAUUACCCCUUUCAGACAGGUAGAUAUUAAAAUUGAUUAUUGUAUGUAAUACAAAGAUUUGUGAAGUAAGUGAAUAUGAAAUUUAUUCCUGAUAUAUUAUUGAUGCCAUUGUACAAGUUAAAACACAUUAUAUGAACUCACUUGUCUGCAGUUUGGUUUGGAUUCACUAUGUGUAUGCUGUCUGUCUCUUGCGUGUGAGAUCCAGCUUGUAUCAUUUGAGGCAGUGUUCAUGCAGCAAGUGUCAGUUUCUGUACAGUUGCUUGAUUUCAAUCCUGAUAAUUUAUUAAAGCAAAUUAUUAAAACAUC